GCCACUAUUAUUAUUAUUAAUCCUAAUUACUAUUUUCUUUUUAUUGUCUUCAUUAUAACCGGAAAAAAAAAGUGCGAGCGAUUAGCGAGUCCCGAAGCUGCGGAGCAUCGCCUCCUCUCCUCCUCGAUGGCUUUGCCUCCACUGUGAUCAGUGGACGCCGCCCUGUCUCUUUGUGUCUUUCAUUUGCUCGCUUGCCGCCGGCUUCUCGAGUCGUCGGAGUUAGGGAGGGGGAUAUGGGAUGAUGUACUUGUCUGCUCGGGGAUUUAUUGCGUCGAUUUGCUCUCGUUUAGGCUUCGUUCCUGGGUUCCUUUCCGGCCACAUUUUCGAACGCGUUGAGGUACGAGGUUGGUGAGAGUGAGAUCUUCCUCCAUUUGGGGUCCUGGCUUGUUGGGCUUCUGCUGCUGCUGCUGCUGCUGCUGCUCGUGCUCUGGUUCUUUUGGCUAAGAAAAUGGGUCAUUUUUGUUGGUUGCGUGAUGAUCUGCACAACUGCAUUGUGCCUUUGGCAGCUAAUCUUUAUGAUACUGAGGAAAAAGUGAAAAGAGCAUCUGCCAUCAUAAUACACAUGCUUCAUGAUUUCAUAUGUGUUCACCAAAACAUACUCAAAAUGUGAAAAAACAUUAUGACACAUUCAAUACUAUGGGGCAAGAUGUACCUUUGAAAUGUGAAAACCAUUUGCAAACAGAAUCAGGGCCAAAAAUUGUCCCUACCUCUCAUUGCAUUACAAAAGCAGAAGAAAGAGAUAAAAAAGGACAACCCACCAGCAGAUAUUGCCACUUCAAGAGUUUGGAUGAUGACGUCAAAGAAUCAAGCCCCAGCUUUUCCCCGAGCCUCCAUUGCAAAAGCAUGCCUUCUGGAUCAAUUGGAGUAGAUGUUAACAAGAAUGAAGUGGUAAAGAGGGGUUCUAUAUAUCAGAGCUCAAAAGAAGUAAAGAGAAUUAGGAAGCUAAGAGAUGGAAGAAGAAAAGUAGAAUUGGCCAGUGAUGAUGAUGGUGCUUUCCUCUCCUUUGAGAUUGUUGCUUCCUUGCCUGAGCCUAGGUCAAAAGGAGCAGAUAUGUCUGUGCAGCAAAACCUAUCAUCUCUUGUUCUUUUAAAUGCUGAGCAAGCAUCACAUGUUGACACAAAUAGCUCAGUUACAAGAAGAUCCAUGGAGUUCCUAGAUCUUUCAUUCCGUGAUCAUCCUGAAGAGCCUUUGAAUCCCCACAUUUCAUGCUCGGGUUUUGUUCCAGAAGAAAAUAGUCCAGGAGAUAAUCUUUUGGAGAUCUGUCUGCACAUUGAGGAUGCUGAUUAUCCUUAUACUGAUGCAGCUCCUGAGCUGAUCCAAACAGGUUCACUUAGAGAACUGAGAUCUAACUGCAAUCAGAUGCUUGGUUCAGAAAAUAAUGAAAAUAUCGUUACUGAGAAAGAGAGAAUUAAAUCUCUGUCAAAGUCCUUAUCAGCGAAAGCUAGAAAUUUUAGCUCAUCUUGUCAGUCUAUUAAAGCCAGCCCAAAAAAUCGGUUUAGCCCAUUCAAGCGGAUGCUGGAUCCCAUCAAGAAGUCCAAAUCUAUGCGGAACCCACCAGUCAUGGAAGCAGAAGCUCCUGAAGGCAGAGCUAUCCAUCCUGCAAGCAUCAGGAGGAAUGCAUUAACUCUGAGAUCUUUGUUGAAUGAUUUCUCACACAUGAAUAAGAAAAUAGAGGAUGAUGGGCAGUUGAUUGGUAAAGAUCAGGUCUUGGCCAGUGCUGCUUCACCUGCUCACCUACAUGGUAUUCUUAAAUUGGAAUCUAUGAACGGCACCCCAUCAUUUGAGUUCUCUGUAAAAGAUCCAGCAGAUGUUCUUUCUGCAAAGACAUGGAGAACAGAUAAUGCAUUUAACUGGGUCUAUACUUUCCAUAGUUGUAAGAAAAAGAUCAACAAUACUGGCAGGGGUACUAAAGAUAGGCAUGUGCAGUCAGCGCAUAUGGUUGGACAGAUGCAGUUUUCUUGUUAUCUGUGCUCGGAAAUGAGAGAAAAUGGAUCAUUGGAUAACUGUACUGUGACAGAGUUCAUUUCAUAUGACAUUGCCCAGGCAAGAAGGAGCUUUGCUGUUGAAGAAAGAUCGAAAUGCUCUUCAGGUUUCAUUGAACCUUUCACUUCUGAAAACUCAAUGAUAGAUGGUCCUCUAGAGAGAAGUAUUUCAAUGGAGCACCAACUUCAUGCUAGACAUGCUGUCAGGAGCUGUGACUCAGAUGCUUCGACUUCUUACCCCUGGUCACUGAUGAAGGGGUUCCCUCAUCGCUGCUGGAUAGAUGGAGAUUUGGUGGAGGCUGUGAUUGUGGUGGCUGGGAUAUGGGCUGCCCGAUUGUUGUUUUUGGUAAUGCCAGUGCUGAUGAUUGGGCAGAAUGCUUAACAAUGGAAAAUCAAAAGCCCAUGGCUCUAUUUGUUCAGGGAACCAAAGAAAAGUUACCUGCACUAUCCAUGAUGGCUGAUGGAAAAGGACGGUAUUCAGUUGAUUUUCAUGCACAGUUAUCUGCAUUACAGGCAUUCUCAAUCUGCAUUGCUUUAUUGCACAGUUCAGAACUGUCUUUUGCUGUUGGGCAUGAAAAGAACAGACAGAGCCUAUAUUCUAAUUCGUUGAAGUUAAUCCUUGAGGAAGAUGCGAGGCACUUAAUUGAAGCAGUUGCAGUAGAAGAGAAAAGAAAAGCAAAGAAGAAAGUUGAACCAAUCCCUCCAUCUUUAUUCCUCGAUCCGCCUUUUUCUCCAAUGGGCCGAGUCUAGAUUGAGAGUGUUGUAUAGCAGUUGAAGUAGAUAACUCGUAAGUCCAGUUAAGGACUGCAUUGCUAAUUACAGUUUCAGCUUGCUAGAAUGUGCUACCAGUUCUAGCGGGGGAAUCCUUGGAUCAGUCACUGGGUAUGGUUGGACUUAGGUGGGGAGAAUAAUAUUCAAUUUAUUGUAACCCUUAUUCAUCAUAAUGUCGUGUGCCCGAUCAUGUCCAUAUUAUUUAUUUACAAGUGACGCCAAGAAAUAUCUUAUAUUGUUGAUAAGAAACAGGGUAGUGACUUUGUAAAGAGAAAGAAAGCAGACUGAAUUUAGAAUCAGAACUUAUCCAUCAACAGGAACAUGUAACAGAGUUUUGAGAAAUCCAUAUUUCUUUUAAAAAUAUGGAAUUCAGUGCCCCAUAUUCCAGAUAAUAUAUUUCAGUUUCCACCCAAA